AUGUCCCGAUCCCGCCGAACCGAAAGAACCCCACAACUAGCAUCCGCAACCGAAACAGAAACAUCCCGAGACUCCUCCGCCACAGGCCUCCGACCUGGAUUCGGAUUCCCACAAACACUCCGACUACGAGGCGACGAUACAUCCACAUCUACACCCAGCGCAAGCGUUGAACCCUCCCCAUCAGAAUCAGCAUCCCGCCGCAUUAGAUGGAGCGAAGACGUCGUUGAUAAUGAGGGGAUGGGGAAGAAGAGUUCGAAAGUAUGCUGCAUAUACCACAAAGCCCGCCCCAUCGGCGAGAGUAGUUCCGAAGAAUCCUCCUCCUCCUCCAGCGGUAGCGACAGCGAGAGUGAGAAUGAGGCUGAUCGGCGACGAUUAGCCGCGAACCGGGCUCGGGGGAGGAAGCCUGUUGGCGAUGGCCAUGGACAUGAGCAUGGGCAUGACUCUGACGCCGAUUCAUCUUGCGAACACCAGCACCAGCACCAACCCAGCAAGCGAAAGGCCCAUAAGCCUAGGAGAAAACCCAGCCCGAAUGCUUAUGAGAAAAUGCCCAAGCCUUCGAAUAAACCCGCCGCACCCGCGCAGGGUCCUUGA